AUGGCAGCAGCCCCAACUGACUGGCAAUUAGAAUGUAUAGAAUUAAAACAGCGAGGUGCAUACUUGCUCCAAACUGGCCAGUGGUCGGAUUGCACUUUUCUGGUGGGUUCCGAGCCUAAUCAAGUGGUGAUAGCUGGUCACAAGCUUAUUUUGGCGAUGGCAUCUCCGGUGUUUGAGGCAAUGUUCUAUGGUGGCAUGCCUGAAAGAAAUGAUCCAAUACCAAUCUUAGAUGUUCAGAUUGAUGCAUUCAAGGCCCUUCUAGAGUACAUUUACACAGGAAACAUAAAUUUGAGUUCAUUUGAUAAAGCUUGUGAGCUCUGCUAUGGAGCUAAAAAAUAUAUGCUGCCACACUUAGUUAAAGAAUGCACCCGUUACCUCUGGUCUGAUCUCUAUCCAAAAAAUGCUUGUAGAGCUUAUGAGUUUGCUCGGCUGUUUGAUGAAAAUGUUUUGAUGGAAAAAUGUUUGCAGAUAAUCAGUACUAAUACCAAAGAUGUGUUAAAUGAUAGCAGUUUUGAAGAAGUGGAAUUGAAUACAGUUAUUACAGUCUUCUCACUAGAUCACCUCAAUAUUGAUUCAGAAAUGGAUUUAUUUAAUGCUGCUGUAAGGUAUUCAAAAGCUAUGGAAAAGCGGAAUGCUGAGCGAAGCAGUAGUCCUUCUACUGAGGGUCCCUCAACAGAGGGUACAUCAACUGACCAAAGAGAAUCUGAAACUGCUCCCAAAAGUCCACCACCAUCUACAUCUAAGGAUAAUACACAGGUAGUUAAUAUUGAGAGCAGCGCCGAGAACAGUCCAGCGGCUGCAAUGGAGGCGUGUCGCUCCUGUGACAAUAUAGACCAUUCCGUUCAGCCCCCAGAAAGCAAGAAGCCUAAAACCUCUGAAAGUAAGCCAACCCUCCGCAGUGCCAUUGAAAAGGUCAGAUUUCUGACAUUGUCGGCACAACAGUUUGCUGAGGGCCCAGCGAGAUCCUCCCUUUUAACCGAGUCAGAAGCUUUCACAGUCCUCAUGAAUAUCCUUUCAAACAACUCCGAUGUGCCAAUGCCAACUGGUUUUUCAACUUGUCGGAGUCCAAGGAAACAGCUGAUCGGUUGUGGACCUUCCUGUAAUAUGACAACAUUUGUGGUUGACACUCCCAGUCCGGUCGCAGUAGAGCAAGUAUGGGACAACAAUCGUCCCGCUCCUUCAACAAACACCUGUCCCUCUUACCCAAGACCCACCCGCCAUGAGAGUCUAUGGCCAGUUCUGGGCAUGGUGGUGGACCACACAGAACGUCACAAUUCCGACCUGCAUAAGAUCUACUGCCAACGCGCUGUAGUUCAGCAAACGGAUUGCCUUAAUACGAGUGUAUUAGAUUGCUCAGUUACCUUCAUGGUUGAUAAAAAUAUAUGUCUGCUUGGCGUUCAGGUACCAACUCAAGCGCCGAGCGAGGAAAGCGCGGUAACGGGUAGCGGGGCGGGGGGCUAUUCUGAGCUUCUGUACGCACAUCUAUUGGAUGCGGACGGAGCACGAUUGACGUAUACGCACUACACCAGUCGCGUGCCUUAUCGACAUUUACUGGACAUUAUGUUCAACCGACCCGUUUAUAUACAACGGAAUAAGGUGUACAAAGUAGGUAUAGUAUUUAAUAAGGUGGGUUGGUAUCCAAUGGGCACGUGCGCACAGCAGGUAGCUGCGGAAUCAGUCUUCUUCAACUUUGGCAUUGGACAGAGCAGCGACUCAGUGCGCGAUGGCCUUAUCCGGUCGAUCAUAUUCACAUACUAA